GAAAUUGAUGAAAUCAAUCUUUGUGUUGUUAAAAUACCAUCAAAUUGUAAUGUACAAGAUUAACACGCCUCCAUGUAAGCGCGUUCAAACUACAUCUCUCUGAACAUCAAUGUUCCUUGGCUUUUAUCUUCAUUGUUCAAGGGGGUGUUAUCAAUCAUGCACCAAUUUCAUCAAAGAUUGAUUUGAAAAAAAUUCUAGAGAAUAAGGUGGCAUUGGCUCAUGCCUAAUUUCAAGUUGAGGAAAUAAAUUAUCUGAUCUCGACACCGUGGAUAAUUACAUGGCUGUUUUCAGAUUAUAGUGCCAUUCCUUAAUUUUGAUUUCGAGUAUUCGAGGAUGGAGAUGGAGAUUCAUCAAGAAAAUUCUGAAAUCAACGGUAUACCAGGGUCAGGAUCUUGCCUAUAUGAUCUCUUCUGCACAGAAACACCAAGUUUGAAUUCUCAAAGUCAAAGAGAGCGAUGGAUGAUAUCUGGUCCACAAGAAAGAUUAGACAAUCUGAUGCGUCAAGCUGGGAACAAGUAUUGCGCUGAUUGUGGAUCGUCGGAUCCAAAAUGGGUGUCUUCAAGUCUUGGAGUAUUUAUUUGCAUCAAGUGUUCCGGUAUACAUAGAAGCCUUGGAGUCCAUAUAUCUAAGGUUCUGUCACUGAAUCUAGAUGACUGGACAGAUGAACAAGUUGAUUCAUUGGUCAACUUGGGAGGAAAUACAGUAAUCAAUAAGAAGUACGAAGCUUGCUUGCCAACUUACAUAAAAAAACCAAAACCAAAUUCUUCUAUCGACGAGCGCUCUGAUUUUAUUAGGAGAAAAUACGAGUUCCUACAAUUUUUGGAUUCUGAGGAGAAUUUGUCGUGUCCCUUUAUACCAUCCCAUGGAAGAUCUUCUUCAUCUGGUCAGAGCAGUUCCUCAAACCACAUUCCUCCGCCAGAAAAAAAACGUUAUGAUAAACAAACAACAAGAAACCGUAUCGGGCUAUCGUUUCGAAACAGCUGGGGAAGAAAAGAUUCCGAGCUCAAGGCUGCAAAGAAGAGUACCUCGUUGGCAGGUAUGGUUGAAUUUGUUGGAUUGAUAAAAGUUAACGUGGUUAAAGGCACGAACCUAGCUAUCAGAGAUUUAGUGACUAGUGACCCUUAUGUCAUCCUUUCCCUCGGUAACCAAUCGGUGAAAACGCGUGUCAUAAAGAACAAUUUAAAUCCAGUUUGGAAUGAAAGCCUAAUGUUGUCAAUUCCCGAGAGCAUUCCUCCUCUUAGAGUGAUUGUAUAUGACAAAGAUGCAUUCAAAAAUGAUGAUUUUAUGGGUGAGGCUGAAAUAGACAUUCAACCACUAGUAUCAGCAGCAAAAGCAUAUGAAAAAUCAUCAAUCAAUGAGUCAAUGCAGCUUGGAAAAUGGGUAGCAAGUGGUGAAAACACACUUGUGAAAGAUGGAAUAAUCUCACUUGAAGAAGGAAAAGUGAGACAAGAAAUCUCAUUGAGGCUACAAAAUGUUGAGAGAGGUGUGCUUGAAAUUGAACUUGAAUGUGUUCCUCUUACUCAAUAGAUGAAAUAGGAGUAAAGGGGCAUAACAUAACUUUGCAAAAAAGAAACAUUUUGAAGCAUUUGUUUAUGUCUCAGUUUUCACUUUUGUACAUUAAUUCUGUGAGACUGUGACCUUCAUUAUGUAGAUGAAGAAAAAUAUAUGAAUUAUCAUUAA